GAGUCAUUUUGCCCCUCACUUCCCCAGCCUCCCAAAGAAACAGGUGGCAAUGUUUGGAAAUAUUUUGAGUUGUCAUAGCUGCCAGGCUUCAUUGGUGUCCAGUGGGUAGAGGCCAGCGAUGUUGCCAAACUUCCUAGGAUGCCCAAGACAGCCCACCAAAAGUUACCCUGCCCAUUGUGUCAACAGUGCCAAGACUGAGAAAUCAUUAGAUGAGAAAGAAAGAAUAUUUCUAUUUGAUCAUGUUGAACUGGGUUCUCUAGAGUCAAGUCCUUACAGAAAUACAUGUGUCAUCUCCAGAUGCUGUGAGAAACUUAAAUAGUCAUGCAUAUACACACACUCAAUGACUGUUACAUUUCCUAGAGCCAGGGGAAGCAUAUUUGAAUGGUCUCUUGUAUUCCUCCAAUGCCUGGCAUGGGGCUGGGAUUCAGUUGCUCAAUAACACCUCUCUGGAAAGCCUCACUUAACACAUAAAGGACCUCAAAACGGAGGGCAGCUCUUGAGCUUUAUUUCACAUAUAUGACCAAAGGGCAGCAAAGGUGAGUGACAGCACAAUAGAGCCCCUCCCACCUGCUGAGCCACACCCCUUCCCUGUCACAAUGGCCAAGGCCUUAAAUACCCAGACUUCUGGCCCACGGGCCUUGCAAAGCCCCUCAUUUUGGCAGAACUUACCAUGUCGACCAGCCGCAAAUUAAAGAGUCAUGGCAUGAGGAGGAGCAAGAGCCGAUCUCCUCACAAGGGAGUCAAGAGAGGUGGCAGCAAAAGAAAAUACCGGAGGGGCAGCCUGAAAAGUAGGAAACGGGGCGAUGAUGCCAAUCGCAAUUACCGUUCCCACCUAUGAGCCCCCAGCGGGCUCUGCCCUGGUGCACUUCACACAGCACCAGGCAGCAACAAGAACAGCAGAAGGGGGACUGCCAGGAGACCUGACGUUAGAUCAAAGCCAGAGGGCAGCCUAUGGAAUGUGGAUCAAAUGCCAGUUGUGACAAAAUGAGGAAUGUAUAUGUUGGCUGUUUCUCCCCAACAUCUUAAUAAAAUUUUGAAAGCAGAAA